GCGGCGGGGCGCGGCGGCCCGGUUUCCCCGCACGGGCUCUGCUGGGAUCGGGGGGCGGGUGCCGAGGCCGGAGCAGCGGGGACCCCCCUCCCCCAGCCGGCAUUUUCGGGGCCGGGGCGGCGGCCGGGACGCGCCCGAAGGGCACUUCCGGGGCCGCGCGGGGGACGGGUUUCGCCCGACGGACACUUCCGGGACAGACCGUGAGCCCCGGCUGGGACAGGGACCGCGUCCGAUCCCGUCACCCGGAUCCACCCAAUCCCGAGGAAGCGUCUGCGCCACAGCGAGCCGAGGAAGCCAAGGCGGGGCCUUUUGGGGGUCCGGGCCCGGCCUCCCCCGGCCAUGGACCCCGACGAGCCCGGCGAGGCGCUGGCAGAGCUGCGGGGGCGACGCCUGGGGGGCGCGGGGCUCCUGCAGCUGGCGGCCGGCACCGGCGUGGCUGCCUACGUCGUCUGGGCCGGACUCCUCAUGCCCGGCUUCCGCCGGGUGCCCCUGAGACUCCAGGUGCCCUACGUCCCGGCCAGCGCCCGGCAGGUGGAGAACGUGCUGACCUUGCUGCGCGGCCGCUCGGGGAAGGUGGUGGACCUGGGCUCCGGUGACGGCAGGAUCGUCCUGGAGGCGUCCAGACGCGGCUUCCACCCUGCCGUGGGCUACGAGCUGAACCCCUGGCUCCUGUGGCUGGCCCAGUUCCACGCCUGGAGAGCCCGACGCCGGGCCCCAGCUGUCACCUACCACCGCGAGGAUCUCUGGCGGGUUAACCUGUCGGACUGCACCAACGUCACAGUUUUCCUGGCACCCAGCGUGCUGCCCCUGCUGGAGACCAAGCUGCUGGCGGAGCUGCCGGACCGGGCGCGGGUGGUGGCCGGGCGCUUCCCCCUGCCCACCUGGGCGCCCUCGGCCGUGAUCGGAGAGGGCAUAGACCGCGCCUGGGCCUACGACAUGCACCGAGUCCGCCAGUGGGCCGCGGCCCCCUCGCGGGGCACGUCAGUCUAGGUGCCUCCCGCCCUCCCCUGCCCCGGGAGCCGGGGCCGCGACGGGGGCCGGGCCACGUGCCGGACCGCGGGUCCCCGCCGCCCCGGGCGACGGCAGCGGCGGGCCCCCGGCGCUGGGACCCACGCUUGGUUCGGGCGCCGCGUCCUCUUUAUCGGGUGACUGCCGAGGGCCGCGCAAUAAGGGUGACACACGCAGAACCCUGUCCUUGAAGAGUUUACGGCCGAGCGGGGACCCGGCCAGGCGAAGACUCCAUCCACACGGCGCGGGCAGGAGGGAAAAUACAGCGGCGACUGCUUCCGGCAGGCCGCCGGAUCGAUCAAUAAAGGGAGAGGCCGAGUGUGGAAA